GCGCUCUCUUCCCUCUUUCACUCUCUCCUUACUCUCUUCUUUCUUCUUCUCCUCUGUUAUGGGUUCUCCUCCUCUCACUCUCAUGGCGGCUUCUUCUUCCAAGUGCUCCGAUGGGACCACUUCUUCUGGUUUGAGUUCUUCUUCUUCUUCCUCUUCUUCUUCUUCCUCUUCUUCUUCUUCCUUUAUGCCCUCUUCUAUGGCUAAGGCGGCGGAUCAGAUGGUUAAGGUUGAGAUUGAGGCGGCGGAGGCUCUUGCUGGUUUGGCGGUUUUGGCGGUUCGAGAAACUGGAACUCAACCUUCCCAAACUAAAUGGGGGAUUAAAGGGAAAGGGAAACGAGCUAGGAAGGAGUUUAAGACCGAAUCGCCCAUUUCUGGCUUUGCCGACUCUUUGCCUGCUCGUGCGGAUCUGGACCUUCGGAUUGAGCAGCAGGAUAGAGGGGUGGUAAAACAUCAACCAUCAGAGAAAGAGUGUACUAAUCAGUCCCAGCAUGAGCCGGAAACAACCGGAGAGGUGACAAAGAUGGACAAGGAGGCUGAAUCAUCUAAAGUGAGUCCUGCAAGCACUACGAGCUACCAAUUGUUUGGCUGCAGAAGGUCAAGGCGUAAUCUAACUGAGGCUGAAAAGGAAGAAAGGAGAAUACGAAGGAUUUUAGCGAACAGAGAGUCAGCCCGGCAGACAAUUCGGCGUAGGCAGGCUCUAUGCGAGGAAUUAACCAGAAAGGCUGCUGAUCUAGCAUGGGAAAAUGAAAAUUUAAAGAGGGAAAAGGAGUUGGCCCUGAAAGAGUACCAAUCUCUGGAGACUACUAACAAGGAAUUAAAGGAACAGUUGGCUGAAGCAGUAAAGCCGAAGGUGGAGGAGAUCCCAGGAAACCAUAUAUCAUCUCAUGUUCAGAUGCCUCCUUUACCCUCCAACUGCCCUCUUUUCUUGUUUAGUCGCUUUCCAUAUUUCUGGCCAUCUGUGGUUCAAUCUACAAGUUCCUAUCAUGAACUACCCAAUGUCGUCGUUGUUCCGUCAAGUAUUAAUCUGCCUGCUAACAAUAAUGCUUCUGUGUCUGGCUCUUCCCAGACACAAGAAAACUUUACGAAUGUCACCAGCUCCAGAGCACCAUUUUGCAUAUUACCACCUUGUUCUUGGUUGUUACCUCAUCAUGAUUUUAGGAACCAACAGAGUCCUCAAAUCUUGUUUCCCGCUGGAAAUGAUCAAGAGGAUAUUUAUUCGAAAUCCCAAAAUAGUGCUAUUACUUCAAAGGUUGUCCAUGCAGAAAGCAGACAUUCUUCUUUGCCUUCAGCCGAAGAAGAAAACGAUGCUCCUGACUUGAAUGAAGCUCCCAGUUUAGAUGAAUCUUCAAAUCCAAAGGAUGAUACUCAGAACACAGUUGGAGUAGCUGUGGAGGGAUUCGAUACCAAUGCAAGAGCUCCAGUUAGAAAAGUGCUUUCUCCUGUAAGACUUGAAUGUAUUGAACCCAGUUCCGCUGCCAAACUAGAUAACUGGAAUGAAGAUGAUCAUGGUGUGUCAUCAAGAACGUGUGAUGACUUGUGUUAUUUUGCAGAAAGAAGGCAUGAACCGGAGAUAGUCCCUUGUAAGAAAUCCAUAGAUGCAAUGGCCGCAACUGAGGCCAGGAGGAGGAGAAAAAAACUGACAAAGGUAAAGAACCUUUACGCCCGUCAAUGCCGUAUGCAAUCCUGAUCCACAUGGCCAGUUAGUUUGGCAACAGUGUUUGUUGUCGACACAGCAAUCUUAUGUGUUAAAGUUCUGUGUUGCAUUGGCUUUUGUUGCCAGAGGCAGGCCACAGAGCUAUGAGACGUAGCCAGAGUUCUGACUUAACUUCAGCUUUCUUGUCAUGGCGUACGUUGUGCAUUCCAGAGCUCAGAGCACAUAAAGAUCUUGGUGCUGGAGAUAGGUAGUGACGGGAAAUAAGAUUUAGGCACAAUUUGCUAACAAAUUAAAUGAGAGAGGUACUAGGACUAAAAUGCCGAUUAGUUCAAAGAGCUUUGAAUUUGAUUUGGUAGGGCAGCAAAGAGGAGGAGGUGAGUGUAAGAAUUUUGUAUUUAAAUCUUUCUAUGGUUACUUCGAAGACCCUUGUUAUUGGGUUGGCUUACACUUCUUCAAUGAAGUGAAGCAUAAGAAUGGAGUGCAUGGAGAUCUGUUAGUUACUUUAUCAAGAAGCAAGGAAUUAACAGUUAGAAAAAAUGUAUUUCACUCCUUUUCAUCAAGAUGCAAACAAAAUAGUCUACACUCACUUUUCUUAAACUUAACCAGAAUUAUAGAAUUUCUUCCAA